AUGUCGUUGGUAAAGUUAGCAAAUACUUGCGCUCAUAUACAGAAUUGUUCAAGGGUAAGGAUCCCACUUAUUUCCAUACCUUAUACUGGUCUGCAUUUACAAUUUGCUUAUAAUCUAUACAAGAACGGGUUUGUUUCGUCUAUUCAGAAGGGUUCCACUAAAUCUCCAGAUGACUCGAUAGUCGAUGUUACUCCAGAUAACAUUGCCACAAGAAGAAUUUGGAUGAAUUUGAAAUAUAAAGAAAAUAAACCGAUUAUUAGCAGCUGUCGAUUAAUUUCAAAACCAAAUUUAAGAAUUUCUUUAACCUAUCAAGAAAUGCAACAAUUAUCUGCAGGAAAAUCAAUCAGACUUAUUAAACCAUUACAACCAGGUGAGCUUAUCUUGAUAAGAACUAAAGACCCGAAUACCAAGAAAGACGUUCUGAUGGAUAUAAAUGAAGCUAUCGAUAAAAGACUGAAUGGUGAAGUGCUCUGCAGAGUCAAUUAA